CGUUAUUCUAUACACAUACUAUCUUACAUCAUUGUGAACAAGGUUCAGUAUAGUUCAUGAAUUUUGAGUAAGGUGUUGUUUCUACGUGUUUCUUCUGUUUAUCUUUGAUCAUAAAAUAUUUAAAUUUAUUAGAAUAAAUGACGUUACACGUUGAAUAUUAUAUCGUGAAACGCGCGAAUGUUUUGAAAAUUGUACACGUAGGCAACAGGUGUCUAAUGCCGCACAUGUUUCUUUUUGACUGUAGCGAUCAUUUCUCAUUUUAAAAUUGAAAGAUUAAGCGUAAUCGCAUACAAGUUAUAUUUUUUGGAUUUUUAGUCAUGCUAAAAACAGUUCAUAGAAUUUUAUAUCAAAGUAGCCAUUUUAACAAAGUUUUACGAUAAAAGUGUGCAUAAUUAGUUAUUAAUAUAUCAAAAUGGAAUAUGAUUAUCUUAUUAAAUUUUUGGCUCUUGGAAACUCUGGAGUCGGCAAAACUAGUUUUUUAUAUCAAUAUACUGAUGGCACGUUCGAAUCUCGUUUUAUAUCCACCGUUGGUAUUGAUUUUAAAGAAAAACGUGUGAUAUACCAGACGGCAAAUGGUAGAACUCAACGUGUGCAUUUGCAAUUGUGGGAUACAGCUGGUCAAGAGCGGUUCAGAAGUCUAACUACAGCCUUUUACCGGGAUUCUAUGGGUUUCCUUCUAAUUUUUGAUCUGACCAAUGAGUUGUCCUUUCUUGAAGUAAGAAAUUGGCUGGAGCAGCUUAGGACUCACGCAUAUUGCGAAGAUCCAGACAUAAUUCUCUGUGGAAACAAGUCCGACCUCGAAGAUAAACGAGUUGUUAGUGAACAUAAGGCACGGGAAUUAGCAGAGAAACAUGGCUUGGUCUAUCUGGAAACAAGUGCAGCCACGGGUCAGAAUGUAGCACGUGCCGUGGAGAUACUUCUGGACCGGGUGAUGCGCAGGAUGGAGACUACUGUGGAUAAAUCACUGCUACCUCACCAGAAAGUGUUACGAUGCAACGAGCGUGACACACCGCCUCCAAGUACUUCCUGCUACUGCUGACACUGUUCUUACGCAUAGCGUAACUGAAUAAUUUGCUUCGUAAAAUUUAUACUUUUUAUUUAACUAACAUUGUGGACUGACUGACUUGUAUUUGAAUAUAUCUUAUCUUUAAAUAUUUCGAAAUAUAUUAUUUGCAUAUGCAUAUGCAUGGGAAAAUAUCGAAGAUGUAUAAAAUUUCAAAGCACUAACAAUGAUUUAAAAUUGUAUACCUUUAUACAUGUUGUUUCCUGCAUUCACGCGCACACUGUUGUCUUCCAUUAAUAGCUUCCACUAGUACAAAAUUAUGUCUCGUUGCAAAUCGUUGAACGUAUCUUCUUCCCGAUAACGUGAUCUAUCUGUUACUCUCGUACGCACAACGUGUUCAAUAUAUCUUGUUUGUUUUCUCUGUUUAUUCGCCAAAAAUUGUGAUAUGAUAAUGUUGCGAUUAAGUAAGGUGAAACGAUCAAUUUUCGAUCUAUAUAUAUAUAUAUAUAUGUAUAUGUAUUUUUGAUGCUGUUAUUGUGCCCAUACCAAAGUUGUACAUCUAGUCGUUAAGAAAUUAUGCUGAAAAUACAAUCAAAGUGUUAUCUGAUAUACUGUUUGUACUGUCGUGGAAUGCUGAUGAAUGUCUCUGAUCUUAUCAAGUUUUUAAACAAAAUGUAUUUUA